AUGGAUAAACCUUUAUGGCUUCGCUGGCUCAAAGUUUACGCUUAUGGCGGUGCGAUAAUUGCGACAGGAGUUGUCCUUUUCAAAUAUACCACACCGUCCGAUGAGGAGUUAAUCAAGGCACUGUCGCCCGAACUAAGACUGCAGUUUGAGCGUGAGCGACAGCUGCGUCAAGCUGAACAACAAGAGCUAAUGAAAAUUGUGCAGGAAACAGCGAGGAGUAAAGACCCCAUCUGGAAAACUGGUUCAAUUGACUCUCCUUGGGAAAGAAACGCCGGCCAACAGUCGCGUGAACAAUUUCAGCGGUUGAAAGCUGAAGAGAUUCAGCGCGAGGAAUUGAACCGUAUAAGGCAGGAGCUACAACAAAUCAGGCAGGAAAGCACCAUAAAAACGCAGGAAAGCGUGCAGAAGCAUAGCUGGUGGAAAAUUUGGUAA